UGUGUCGUGGUCGUGUGUCCGUGAUAAUUCGUAAACAGUGCAGGGUGUUAUGAUGGUCGAGUUGUUUCGGGGGAAAGAUCUCGGCGGAUGCUGGAUUUCGGAAUCCACGAUUGAAGAAGCGAUCAGAUCUAUUUGCAUGGGACUUUUGGUAAAAAAACGGAGGGCAAAAGGAAUUAUUAGGAGGGGAAUAUCGGGAUUGGAGUUGAUGCAGGAUGAUGUUUUUUUGGCGUUGUUGGUUGCUGGGGGUCGAAGUCGCAAGGAUGAAUGGACAGUUGGACACCUCUCUCCCUCAAUCCCUCCUCGCACGGGCAGCACUCCAGUUGGGGCGCGUGGAGGGUUAGCGUGCCAAUUUGCCGUCAAUUGCUUUGCCAAAUCCUGCGAAUGAGCGCGAAUCCCGACGAAUUGCUGGACACACGGCUGGUUCGGGGGGAUGGGGGAAUUCGGGGCCAGCCGCUGGGCUUCCACAGUUUGGAAUCCCAGGCACAAGGACUCCAGGACUCGACCCCAACGACCCUCACGUUCAUCCAACAAGAUUCUCCAGAUGAAGCCUCGCAGCAAGCAUUGGUUGCAGUGGCACCAAACCCGUUCAACGCCCAGAGUUCGUGUAAAAUUGCCGGAUGUGCUGGGAAUCACCAGUGUUCUCGAGUCCGGACAGGGGAGGAUGGCGGCGUGGGCAGUUUCUCGAAUGAUGUCCUGUGCGUCCAAUAUCAGUCGACACUGUAGGACGGUGCGAGGAUGAACUAAUAAGAUGAACUAAUAAGUACAGAGCAUCAUCAUGGGCAACGGGGAAUUGGCUUCCUUUAAACCGUUUAACCGACACCGUCGUCACCCUUCCCAAUGCUAGCGCUGCUUCAGAUCAUGUAUCCUCCCUCUCCUG